UUAUCACAGCAAAAUUAACUAUAUGGCCUCAAAUUUGAGCUCCCAAUUACGCGACAUUAUCCUCAACACACAUGAACCUUUAGUAUUGCCUGAUUUUCCCCUUAACUGGGAAUGUUUUGACGAGUCGUUGCUGCAGUGGUGCACCCGGUAUGACCAGGACGCCAGCGUCGCCUCUCUGCCGACAUUCGAGAGCAUGCCCGUCGCAGACUGCCAGACGCCGCAAUGGGAGCGCAAGAGAAGACACGUAAAGAUGACAAUGCAGCAAUUUCUAAAUAAUUUCACAACAAAUGCAGACAAGCAGCAAACAGAGUGGGCGGCCUAUCAAUAUGUACGUGCACAGGAAAUCCCAGUCAGUUGCUUGAGCGGCAUCGAUUUCAAAUGCUUUGGCUUUGCGGAACACCAGAACGACUACAGCCUGUGGCUGGGCUCCGACUGUGCCAAUACACCGUGCCACUACGAUACGUACGGCGUGAACAUAGUGGUGCAGGCAUAUGGCAGCAAGUCGUGGCUACUCUUUCCACCCGAGACUCCACUGCAAAGCACUCGGAUACCCUACGAAGAGUCCAGUGUUUACUGCCUGGAGAACUUCUAUGCUCCCGCACCGGAUAAUCUGCGACACUACCAACAGUUCCAAGAGCACGCCUAUCACUGUCUGCUGCAUCCGGGCGAUGUUCUGAUUGUGCCCCGUCACUGGUGGCACUACGUAGAGGCGGUGGCGAUGUCAUUGAGCGUCAACUAUUGGGUGCCGCUCAAAAAUGACCUAGACCUGACACUGGACGAGCUCCUAGUCAAGCAUGUGGUCGAGAGCUUUGUGAAAGGUGAAAGCGGUGAACUGAAGCAAUAUCUUUUGAAUCCCAAUCAGAUGGAUGAGAUAGCCGAAUCCGCCAGCUUGCUCUUUGGUCAAUUUGAACACGCCGUACUAAAGCAGAACUUGGACAGUAAACGACGACUGUGGGAUACUGACUAUUUGACUCAGAAUGAGGUAUUAAAAUUGGUAGGCAGCGUUCCAGUGCGUGUGCGUGCCCUGGACGUGAUGUCCAAGGAGGCGUAUACACAGCUGCUCACUAACAAUGCUAAACGACGUGGAGCAAGCAAGUCCGAGCAGAAGGAGGAUACGAUAAUCAGCUCCACGUUGGAGCAGCUAAUCAAUAGCAUGUGCGCGCCUCGAUGCAUUGCGUCCAUCAAGAGGGAGUUCUUCCGACGAUUCAAUCUGGAUGAUAAAUUAUAGCGCUAAGA